CAAACACAGGCAGCCUUCCUCUCCUCUCCUUUCCGUAUACCUUCACAUCCAUCUGUCUGCCUCUCCUGCUGCUUGCCUUGCCUCUUUAUGUAUUUGCCUGUCGCUCCUAAACGAAGAGGUGAAUAUAUAAAUAUAAAUCUAGAUCUCGGUGAUGGAGAGCAUCGCGGACCGGGGCUUUUGCUUCCCCCCACGCAGGAGACAACACACAAACUCACCGGACAAAUAAGGCGUCAGAGGACAAAUACCGGUUCCAGCGGAAAACACCACUGUCAGCUGUCUGUGGCGCACUGAAGCUCUUUUUCUUCUUUUUUUUUCCCCCUCUCUUCAUCUUCUUGUUCUUCUUCUAUCAACACGUCUCCAUAAACAGAUGCCCUGCUCUGGAAGUUACGCACAAAACACGGAUAAAUCCUCCGCUCCAAUUUCCACCAGACGCGCUCAUCUGAAGGAUUUCUUCUGCGAGUGUGCUCCUCUCUAACGUCAGCAGUAACCUACUCAGCCCCUCUAACAAGGAAACCUCCUCCUACUCAGAUUGUGGAUUCUGAGAAAUGAGCUGCCAAUGAGUCACCUUCAAGGACAUCAGUCAUCAUUCCUUGGCCUGGGGGUCUUCUAGCAGAUUUGGCCUCCUCACCAUCAUGAAAGGGUUGGGGACCAACCGUAACAGACACCUGUCUGACUCUUGUGAUCCAUCGUCAGGACACCCAGAGGCACUCUAUCCUCAAAAGACCAGCACCCUGCCACGCAGCCCUUAUCUACUGAGUCCCACAAUGGACCACUACGGCACCAUGGACCCCCACCAUUAUCCCUCAGCUAAUCCAGGCUCCCUUCCACCAGACUGCAUGCUGCCUCUCAAUAACCAGUUGUCCAACAGCAGCACUUUCCCGAGGAUUCACUACAACUCCUACGACCAGUCUGACUUCUCCCCACCUGGGGACAGCAUCGGAGGGAUAAGUACAGGGACCAUGGGGACAUCCAUGUCCAUGGGCAUGGGGACAGGUAUGGGCAUGGCAGGGCUUAGUGCACGAACACCAAUGAUUACAAGUGGUUCAGCAACUAUAUCACAUCAUAUGACUAAGAAUGAGACACCUCAGAGUCUGCUGGAGUUUGAUAAGCAGCUACCUGGUGGUCGCGAUGGCUUCAGCACAUUGCAGUUUCAUCGCACAUCAGCAGUGGCUGCAGCCAAGCAGCGCACAGACAGUCCUGGACGCAUCCGUUACAUGCUGCACUCUGUGCAAAAGCUCUUUGCAAAAUCGCAAUCACUUGAGAGCCACAACAUGAAAGGAAAUGUCAAUGGACGCUCAGCUGGCAGCGGUGGAGGCUCAUCUGGCACAGACGAUGGAGGGAAGCACAAUCGCAGAUCCAAAAGUAAAGAUCGGGGUACAAAAUCAGAGGCAACUGCCAAGCGCCGGCCACGCUCCAACAUGUCUGGUUACUGGAGCUCAGACGAUUUGGACAGUAGCGAUUUGAGUAGUUACCAUAACACAAUGGCCAUGAUGACUCUGGGGCGUCCAACUGGCCAUGACAGCCAAGGGGGUCAGGGCAGAUACAUCCACAGUGGCUACAACACAAUCAGCUCCUCUAAAAGCAGCAAUGACAUGAAGUAUCAGCCACUUUCUGGACCUGGAGGUGGAGGUGGAGGCAGUGGUGGGGGACUUGGAAUAUCAGGAAAUAUGGUCUUAAAUGAUAGUGAAUAUAUGAAAGGAGGGUCCUGGUCUACACUGACCAUGGGCCAGCCAAGACAUGUCAUCCAGAAGGGUUCUGCUACUCUGGACAGGUCCAUGCUCAAGUCCAAAUCUUGCCAACAGGAAUUAACCUGUAAUUAUCUUCAGGUUGGAAGAAGGGGUGAUUGGAGUAGCACACUAGGCCGCCCUGGGGCACCCAAUGAAAUCCCAUGUCGGCGCAUGCGCAGCGGUAGCUAUGUGAAGGCCAUGGGAGACAUGGAAGACAGCGACGACUCAGAGGGAAGCCCCAAACCCUCGCCAAAAAGCGCAGCUCGCCGCCAGAGCUACCUCAGGGCUACACAGCAGUCUCUGAGCGACCAGCUACCCCCACGCAACUGUCUUCCAGCUCUCAGAGAGUUCUCUAAUAACCGCAGCCUGGACAACCUGGACUGCAUUGGGGGGACAGUUUCAUCUUUGCCAGGCUGGGAUGAUGAUGAUUUCAGCCAGGCCUGCAGCACCUUGGGCAGACGCAGCUGUUUGGGACAGCUACGAGACCUGGAUUUGACUCAUCAUUACGAGGACCGCAGCUCCGAGUCCACAUUCAGAGAUUCCCGUUCCCAUUCUCAGGACAACCCAGAGCCUCCAGACCUGCCCAUGCCCACAUGCUUCCGAUCACGCAGCCACAGCUACCUAAGAGCCAUCCAGGCCGGGUGUUCCCAAGACGACGACACAGCAUCCAUAGACUCAGGCUCACCCCCUCCCAUUGACACCACUGUUCGCACCUACAGCACCAGCACCGACGACCUUUCUACACAGUGGAAGAAAUGGAAAGAACAGUUUGGCUCUUACCUGAUAGCCACUGGUUUGGACAAAGCCCCAAAGGAGAAACAGCUUGCAAUUUUGCUUCAGCGUUUGGGGAAAGACAGACCACGCAUCCCACCCCCACGCACAGUUUCUACAUGCAUAACCACCUGUAAGAAGGCCGCUCCUCCACCAGUGCCGCCCCGUACAACCUCCAAGCCCUAUAUUUCUGUCACGGUGCAGAGCAGCACAGAGUCAGCUCAAGACAACUACCUAGAUCAGCAAGACCGGAGGUCAGAGGUCAACAGCCAGUCGAGUCACGCGCACAGCAACUCCUCUGACAGCCUUGACAGCACCCGUGCCAACAGCCUGGCCCGGGGUAUCCCCCGCCCUCCGCACAUCAUCCCCACUCCUAUCGCCAUCCCGAGAGAGCCAAUCGCCCUCGCCACAGUCAGCACUGCUACUGAGACCAGUGAUGCAGUAGUCCAGCAUGAAUUCAUGAAAUCAGGAUUAAGUAAAGGAAAUCUAGCAGCAGAGGAGCCACUGGUGGCCCCAGUACCCAGACGGAAACUCUCCUCCAUAGGCAUACAGGUUGACUGUAUUCAGGAAGUUCAACGGGAGGAGACCCCGCCACUGGCCAAAUUUCAGUCUAUUGGAGUACAGGUGGAGGACGGGUGGCAGCUCAGUCGCUCCAGUAGCAUGGCCUCAAAACAAGAAACAGAUUCAGACACACAGGACAUCCCCGUCAUCGCCCAUAUUAAUAACGCCAAAUCCACUGAGAAGAAAGUCAUGGUCAAUAGUGCCAGCCAAUCUAUGAGCUCCCCCCCUGGACAGGACUCUUUAGACAACGGAGACACCACUGGUGACACCUCGUCACCUCCACUACCCAGGCAGAUCCUCAACCGCUCCACCACAAGAAGUAGCUCUUCCUCCUUCUCAGAAAGUCUGGACCCAGCACUAGACCCCUCGUCGUUACCACCCCCAGACCCGUGGCUGGAGAGCGGGAACGGGAGUAACAGCAGCGCACCUCAGAGCGGAGGAGGGGGGACACUGUGUCGGAGAGACGGCCAUUGGUUCCUGAAGCUGCUGCAGGCUGAGACGGGACGCAUGGAGGGAUGGUGCCAGCAGAUGGAGCAGGAGACCAAAGACAACCAGCUGUCAGAUGAGGUGCUGGGGAAGGUCCGCAGUGCAGUGGGAAGUGCCCAGCUCUUAAUCUCCCAGAAGUUCCAGCAGUUCCGGGGACUUUGUGAACAAAACUUGAAUGUGAAUGCCAAUCCACGGCCCACAGCCCAGGACCUGGCUGGUUUCUGGGACCUGCUGCAGCUCUCCAUCGAGGACAUCAGUCUCAAAUUUGACGAGCUCUACCAUCUCAAGUCCAAUGACUGGCAGCCCGUUCCGUCUGCGGCCGCCCAGUCACCCCCUGAGCGGAAGGACGAAGAGAAGGCGGCACCUCCAGCGUCAAAGAAGCCCGGUAAAGGACGACCUACACUGGGCCGGGAGAAGAGCGCCGACUCCUCCACUACUUCUUCUUCGGCCUCUGCAGAGAAGCAGAGACAGGAGGCUCGUAAGCGUCUGUUGGCUGCUAAGAAGGCUGCCUCGUUUCGCCAGAACUCUGCCACAGAGAGCGCUGACAGCAUCGAAAUCUAUGUCCCCGAGGCCCAGACUCGCCUCUGAGAAACCAGGAUGAUGUGUGGUCGCAUCAAAGGACAGAUAAGUGUCUCUGAACUACCUGGACAAGAGAGAAAAACUCUUCCAAUGCAAAUGUUCUACUCUAAAUAAAGAUAGGUGUGGGAGUGUGAACGAGCAAUCAAAGUGUCAGUGAUCAGGGUCGGGGGUUGGUUUGGGCAUUUUUCUCACACUGAUACAUAGAGGCCGGUCCCAGUGGCAUCAAACACUCGUUAAAAACAUGGAAAGAGCGUGGACAGACUAUGAAGCCGGACACUCCUCAUUUGAGGCCGCCAUUGAAAACCUCAGCUGAUGAACUUUGUCAUUUAUUGUUACUCUUUAUCAUAAAAAUUGUUAAUGAAGGUAUUGUUAUUAUGAUGAUUAUAUCCUAAAGGAUCUAUAUGAAGACUGUUUUAAUUGUUCUUCUUUCUUGGCUAUAAGAUCUAUUAAGUGGACAGAGGCCAAGCAUUUAUGCUUUUCUGUCUCCCAUAAUUCCUCCUCUCUUCCCAGAUCAUCGGCCAUCUUGUAGCUUUGCACAACACCACCUUGUGGCCAUCGCACACACAAACACUAUAUCCACUGUACACACACUAAAAAAAACCACACCUAUGUAUGUCUUCCUUGUAUUUAUUUACUUUAUUCAUCAUUUGUUUUGUACGAAACUCCAAUGAAAUCAGGUAGAGGUGAAUAUUCUCGGGUUACGGUGUGCUGGAUUUGAAAGUCAGGGUUGAAGCGUUAUUUAGAUAGUUCCUGUCAGUGAAAUCUUGUGUGUCUCUUAAAAUGUUAAUGUGUCAAAGAUUUUAAACACUGGUGAGAUUCACCACUGUUGAAUGAAAGCACAUCCUGAGAUUAAUGAUGACCGAGCAUGAAGAUCUCAAUCAUUUCAGCCAGAAUGACAGUGGCCAUAGUGAAUUUUAUUUUCUUAUUUUAAACAAAAAACAAACAAAAAAAAAAAAAAACAAGCAAAGCAUCUUUACCUCCCUUUAGGCUGUUCUGCUUCUCUCUGCGUUGGUUUCCAUGUUUGUGCUGUUACUGCAAGUAUAUGAAUCAGGAUUUGUGUUCCAUCUGUUUAUUUAAUGCUUCUUUAAGUGCUUUUAUUAACCUCACUUAGCAGUCGACUCAUGCGUCUCCAAUGAAUCUAGAGCUUUUAUUGAUGUAACGCAGCAGCCGGAGUGUGUGUAAUAAUACUGUUUGUGUGAACACGCAUUAGGACUUGUCUGUCUUUUUUUUUUUUUUUUUUUAUAAUACAUUGUCCAAAAGCUUUCUGAUUUAUUUUUUGCCAUCAUCACUCAACAAAAUCACUCUGAGAUAUUUACCAUUAUUGCUUUCCCCCCACUGAACAUUAUCCAAAGUACCUGCACUUUUUUUAUUCGACAAAGAUUUAAUUAAAGCAUUACAUACACUA